AUUCCUUUGAAUAUGUUUCAGGACGAUACGAGUGGGAAUCGUUCAAAAAAAUGGAACAGGUUUGAAUCGUGUUCUAUGGUUCCAGCCGCGCUUCCUUUGGAUGAGUGCAACAAACGAGCAAACACGCACCUGAUAUGCGUACAUAAUCGAUUGUCGAGUGGUGAAAUUGUGCGCUCAAUUGUGGAUGACCUGAAGGAGUUAGAGGAAGGUGUAGAGAUGUACGAUGCAGGUACAAGUAGCAAAGUCUUGGUCGUUGCACCACUCAACCUGAUCACGGCAGAUAACCCUGCUCAUGGAGAGCUAUCCUGCACGAAAAGGUUCCAGUCGGCCUCGUAUCCUUGCCGUAAAUGUUUCUUCAGAAAACGUAAAAACGACGAGCGGACAACUGCUAACAACCAUAUUAGCGUUAAGGAACGCUCCAAAUAA